AUGGCCAGGAGAGAAUGUGAACAGCACAGAGAUCAAGAUGUUGACACUCUCCAUUAUGCCGCUCUAAACAUCGUCCACAAGAAGCGGAAGGCCGGGAGACAGAGGAGCGCCAUGGACAGAGACACGGUACAUGGCUCAGGAGAAUCCCGUCCAGGAAUAAUUUACACCUAUGGAGACAGGAGUGACCAGUGUGAGAAUAGCCCUGAGGCUGGGUCCCCUACACAGAGCUAUGUUUACAACCUCCCCAAGAGGAACCUCAGCCUCUCUGAUGCUGGUACUUACUACUGUGCUGUGGCCUCAUGUGGGGAGAUACUGUUUGGGAACUGGACCAAGCUGGAUGUUGAGUGUGGUCACUCUGCUACAAAAUCCUCGGAAAUUCAUCUUGUUACAGCCAAUGUUGGAGAAACAGUGACUUUGCACGGCUUCUAUAAAGGCAACCUGGCACUGUACUUUAUGUGGUACCAGCAAACAAUGGGUGACAAUCUUCAAAUCUUAUCAGUCUUUUACAAGUAUAACAAGAAUGCAACAUUUUACCAUGAAUUUAAGGGUAACACUCGCUUCUCAGUGCAAAGCGGUAAAGGAAUGAAUCACCUAAAGAUCUCAGACAUGCAGCUCUCUGAUUCAGCCACAUAUUACUGUGGGAACUCUUAUGCCAACCAUGUGGAGUUUGGAGCAGGACUCAUUCUCACUGUGAAAGGGUCCAGAAACAUGACUGUGCUCCAGCAGCCUGUGUCUGAGUCAGUCCAGCCAGGAGACUCUGUAACUCUGAACUGUACAAUACACACUGAGACCUGUGUAGGAGAACACAGUGUCUAUUGGUUCAGACAUGGUUCAGGAGAAUCCCAUCCAGCAAUCAUUUACACCCAUGGAGACCGGAGUGAUCAGUGUGAGAAGAGCCCUGAGGCUGGGUCUCCUACACAGAGAUGUGUCUACAACCUCCCCAAGAGGAACCUCAGCCUCUCUGAUGCUGGGACUUACUACUGUGCUGUGGCCUCAUGUGGGGAGAUGCUGUUUGGGAACGGGACCAAGCUAGACAUUCAAGAUGUACCUGCAGUGGAAGAAUGA